GGGAGAACGGUUGCAUAUAGUACAUAGAGCAACUGGGCUCCCGAGGAAGAGAUCUGGUGUGAUGUCUGUGAUACCUUAAGCUUCCCCCUCUGCCCUGUGCCAUCCUAUCCUGCUUCUUCCUUCCCUCAACCCACAACACCAUCUCCACCACCUACAAACAGCUCUACAACUCGAACGCACACGCAAUAUAUCACCUCACUUAGUACCUCGAAUAGUACCCACAACCCCCCUACAGACAAACUACUACAACCAUGUCUACCGAGCCCGUCUACUCUCACGGCCGUGGAGGCCAGGGCAACAUCGGCCCCGACAACACGGAGUACGUUGACGGCGAGAUCCGCCGCGAAGAGGACCCCACGGCUUCCGGGGGCGCGUACUCCACCGGCCGCGGCGGAGCAGCGAACAUCGGGUCACCCAGGGUUACCCCGGUGAAGACGUCGAAGCACGACGACGACAUUAUUCCCGAGGCGGCGAUGGUCAAGCCCGACGAUAAGUACCAUGCCGGCCGCGGUGGAGAGGGGAAUGCCUUCGUAGGCGGCGAGCGGGUCGAGGAGAAGAAGAAUACACACAAUGGAUUGGCCGAUAAGCUCAAGAAGAGAUUGUCCGCCAUCAUGGCGAAGUUCAAAUAGUCACGGACUACAUAACUGGACUCAUGACAUGACAUGAUAUGACUUGACUUGACGGGUGGUUUGAUUUGUCUUGACUGACUGGCUUUGCGGGGCGGGAGGUUUCACUUGUUUGCGCGUUUAUUUAGGAACUGACGGCCGUCUUCGGUAAUGUGGGGGAGUUAAUAGGAUCAAGAGGCUCUUUUGUUUUUGUUUUUUUCUCUGCUUUUCUUUCGGGGAGAGGGGGGGAGGAGGGGAGGAUGUAUGGCGGAGGCUGGAUGCUCGAUACCUUGGGGGAGCUUUGUGUUCUGUUCUAAUGAUUCUGCUUUCUUGUUCAUGCUUUGGGAAUGGGGAUGGGCAAUAUACCGUUUGCGAACUGUACGAUGGGGUGAACCAGUCAAGGCAUGAGAUUGAAGCAACGCCCCGGAAGGAAGACGAACC